UGCUCGCCCGUGAACUGAAGAACCUGAAGGUUGUCGGAGCUGAAUGAAGCUGAAAAAGCGCGCCUCUCCGACAAGGGCCUCAAGCCGCAGCUCAUGCGAAGCGCGCCUCCAGGCCCCGCGCUUGACACAGGGAGGAGGCCGGCGGGGCGGCCCCGCCAAGCGCGCGGUCCGAGCCCGGCAACGGCGCGUGAUGGGAGGCAGGCCGAGAGCGGCGGGGGCGCCGCGCAGCUCCGCCAGGGGGGAGGCCCUGGCCAGGCCGCGGCCUCCGCCAUGGAGGACGACGACGAGGAAGGGCUGGAGGCCGCUGAUGGCGACGCCAUGGAGCUGGGCGAAGAGAACGGCGAGCGAGCGGGGGCCGGGGGCGGUCCCAUGGAGGAGGAGGCGGGCGGCGACGAGGAGGAAGAGGAGGAGAGCGAGGAUCGGAUGAACGCGGACGACCAGGGAUUCCAGAGGGGGAGACGCAGCUGGCCGACAGAGGAGAGGCCGUGGCCGGAGACGCCAACGGGCACGCGACCAGCACCGCCGCCGAGUCCCUAG